AGCUUAAAAUUCCAUAAAUUACUAUCGGAUUGCCACAAGCUGAUGGAUUGACUAAUAAAUGAUAAAAUCGACUUAAAACAAUAUUGUUUUAUGAAUUCGCCUUUAUCAAACUGAGAUAAUAACGAUUAUCCCUGAUAAUUAUCUGAUGACAUUAUUCUGUGUUUAAUAUUUUAUUGAAACGUGUAUAACGCGUUUCUUCACCAGUGAAUAAAUUUGAGAAUUAUUGUAAGGUGCUAAAGAUGAUUUAAAAGAAGUUUGUGGCAAUAGGAAGGAAAAAUACCGAAAAACUGAUCACAACUUAAAAAAAUGGUCGUAAGUCACGGCCAUGGACCGUCACGUGGCCACGGAGGCCACCAUGGACCCACCAAGUCAAUUUCCAAAUCAGACGGAGAACGUAGAGCCAGUCACAACCUGGGAAAGUUACAAGGCAGAGAGUCAUUCCUCACGUCUACAAUAAGCAUUUUCGUCGACGAGAACCAACCGGUCAUCCCGGACGGCGGAUGGGGUUGGUUGGUGGUCCUUGCAUCCUUGUUCAUCAACCUGGUUUCUGAUGGUAUCACUUGCUGCUUCGGACUGUUAUACAUCGAUUUCUUAAACGAGUUCGGAGCCUCCAAGUCUGCCACUUCUUGGAUCGGUAGUUUGUACGUUGCCGUACCGUUAGUAGGUGGUCCAUUGGGAAGUGCCUUGGUGGACCGAUACGGUUGCAAAAAAAUGACUAUAGUGGGAGCGUUGAUUUCCACAUGCGGUUUCAUCCUAAGCACCUUCGCCAAGAACAUCGUCGUGAUGUACAUCACCUUUGGGUUCCUAGGAGGGAUCGGAUUGGCCCUGUGCUACGUCACGGCUGUUGUGGCCAUAGCGUUUUGGUUCGACACCAAACGCACUUUGGCACUUGGACUGGCAGCUGCCGGUUGUGGAUUCGGCACCGUGAUAUAUUCGCCGCUUAUCACCAUGUUAUCACUGGAGUACAGUUGGAGGGGCACCGUGUUGAUAUUGGCCGGACUGUUUGCCAAUAUGAUCGUUUGUGGACUGUUGCAGAGAGAUCCUGACUGGAUUAUUAAGCAGGAGAGGCAACGAUUGGCAAAUGAGAGUAAGGGAAAAGAUGAAGCGUUAAAGAAGAAAUUGAAGAAAAUUGAAGAUUCUGAGGUGAUGGUCGAUAAACUGAAAACGGAAGUGGAUAUAAAGCAAAAAGACCGAUUUCAUUCUGUGGUCCAUUUGCCUACUUACAUACAAGAACACAAGGAGGUGCCCAUAGAAGUACUGAAGAACCUUAGCAAUGACAAACAUUUGUACAAGAUCGUAUUGGAAAAUUACCCUAAUUUACUUUCGAGUCACUCGGAUACAGCUCCGGAUAAACUGGCUGCCGAAGCCUCUUUGGUUAACACUCGCGUACCAGUGAAAUAUUCCAUGACAGUCGCUUCCAAAGAUGCACCCCAACUAACCCAUAGAAAUGGAUCAGCAAAGUCCAAUAAGCAGCAUCACCAGUCGAACGGUCAGCUACAACACGGUUACUUGGCCAAUAUCAAGCUGAAGAAACCGUCGGUGGAUGUAGACAAACAGUUGCUGAACAUGCACAAGUACAAAAUCACCAUGAGCUGCCCGGACGACAUUUGGAAAGAGGAGAUGCAGCUGCUUGAUACUAAAGUGCUGCAAGUUCCGGAGGAAAAUAAGAAAUGGUACCAUAACUUCACGGAAUCCUUUGGAAACAUUAUAGAUUUCACACUCUUCUUCGAACUUCACUUCUUUCUAGUGAGUGCCUCCACGAUCCUUAUGUGUAUAUGGUUUGCCGUGCCAUUUGUCUAUCUGGCCGAUCACAUGAAGUCUAUUGGAUACGAUGACGUAGCGACCUCUCUUACCAUAUCAGUCAUCGGUGCCACCAACGUAUUAGGAAUGAUCAUUAUAGGGUUCCUUGGAACGAAAAUGAAAGUGGUGACCCUCUAUGCGGGUUGUCUCUUUCUCUCUGGAUUCUGCUGUGCAGCUAUGAUGCUGUUUUCCAGCAACUACUAUAUUCUCUUAGCUUCCAGUGGGGCCUUUGGGUUGUUUUAUGCUUGUCAGCAUUCGUUAACUCCGGCAGUUGUCGCGGAGUUGGUGCCCCUGGAUAGGUUCAGUAUGGCUUAUGGAUUGAGUUUGCUGUGUCAAGGGAUUGGAAAGUUGACGGGACCUCCAUUAGCUGGAUAUCUAUAUGAUGUGACGCAGUCUUACAGCCAGUCCUUUUAUCAAGCAGCAGUAUGGAUAUUUAUCGCUGGAAUUCUUAUUGGAAUCAUCCCGUACACCAAGUCUCGUAAAUUUUUCGGCAGCUGAUCUUGUUUUUUUUUUUUAAUUGUAGAAUAAUGUAUAAAUUAUUAAUUAGUUGUUUUUUUUAUAAUAAAAUUGUUGAUGAUA